GAGCAUAUACUCAGCUUGCUCGCUCAACAGAGACAGACAGUGUGGAAAUCGCAGUGGUUUAAAUUUGGAAGAUUAGAGUAACCGGUUUAAAGCCUUUUUUGUUUGUUUUUUUAGGUCUUGUAAAGCAGUUUUUAUUUGCUUAGUUCUCUUACUGUUGCCCAAAGCCAACGCAGAGAAGAUGGCUUUCGCACGUCGAAUCGCUAACACCAGAGAGGUUGAUAAUGCUCUCCUUACCAAGGCCAAGGCUCCCAUGGGAACUAGGAGGCCUGCGCUGGAAGAGAUUUCGAGUAACAAGUUUGCAACAAAGGCACCACUCAUCAAGAAAACCGAGCGCUUCCAAGCUCCUGCAGUAAAACCAACCAGGCCAGCAGGAACCAAGCCACCUGCUAAUGUUGCACCUCGGAAACAACCUGCUGCAGUAGAGAGAGUUGUUCCAGUUUCUCCACCCCCAAUGGAUGUCUCCAUGAAGGAGGAGGAACUGUGCCAGGCUUUCUCUGAUGCCAUGUUGGAUGUAGAUGACAUAGAUGCUGAUGAUGCAGAAAACCCCCAGCUCUGUUCAGCAUAUGUAAAGGAUAUCUAUCGGUACUUAAGGCAAAUUGAGGUGCAGCAGUCUAUCCGUGCCAGGUAUCUUGAAGGUCAGGAAAUUAAUGAACGUAUGCGUACCAUCUUGGUUGACUGGCUGAUUCAGGUCCACUCAAGAUUCCAGCUGCUGCAGGAAACUCUCUACAUGACUAUUGCUGUACUUGACAGGUUCUUACAGGUCCAGCCCGUUUCUCGCAAGAAGCUUCAGUUGGUUGGUGUGACGGCCAUGUUGGUUGCUUCCAAGUAUGAAGAGAUGUAUGCUCCUGAGAUAGGCGACUUUGUCUACAUCACAGAUAAUGCUUUCUCCAAAUCUCAAAUCCGUGAAAUGGAAAUGCUCAUUCUGAAGGAGCUGAACUUUGAGUUGGGACGACCACUUCCUCUGCACUUUCUCAGGAGGGCUUCGAAGGCUGGCUGUGCUGAUGCUGAGAAACAUACUCUAGCAAAAUACUUGAUGGAGCUAACCCUGGUGGACUAUGACUUGCUGCACCGACACCCUUCUGAGAUAGCAGCUGCUGCCCUUUGCCUAUCGCAGAAUCUCUUGGAUGGAAGCAAAUGGUCCAUGGCCCAGCAGUGCUACACUGGCUAUUCGGAAGAGGAUUUAAAGUCCAUAAUGCAGCAUAUGGCUAAAAAUGUGGUGAAAGUUAAUGAAGGCUUGACAAAGCAUACAGCUAUCAAGAACAAAUACGCAAGUAGCAAAUUGAUGAGAAUCAGUGCAAUUUCACAACUGAAAUCCCCUGCCCUCAAGGCACUUGCUGCACCACUACUUGGUAACAUCUGUUAGGAUACUCUGUAAAAUGAACUACUGUUUGCACUUUGUCAACCCAAAAGCCUGAAUGGGCGAUGCUGCUUUGUAAAUUUUGUUUUUUAUGUAUUUUAAUUCAGGUCUUGGAUUGUGUUAAGUUUGUUUGUACAAAAAUAAAGUUAACUUUUUAAAAAG